AUGCUCUCCAACCACAAUCCCUACGCCUCUGAACCCGCAUUCCCGGUCCUUGCCCACUCUCUUCUCUCACAGACGCAUAUCAGUCUCACAUCAGAAGACAAUGGCGAACAACCAACUGCUUGGGAUCUCAGACCUGACAUUGACCGAGGCUUUCACAGCCUCUCGACCAGCGUCUUCCGCUACGGAACCAUAAUCGGGUUCUCACACCUACGGGGCAGAAACCCCAGCAACAACGUGACCGACGAAUGCACAGCAGAGCUUCCACGAGCCCUCGCGACAUCCCACCUGUCACAGGCCUCCACGCCCCUGCCGCGGGUGUACAUCAUCCACCCCGCGAACUACGACGGCUUCUCCCCGCAAAAGCUACUGGAGAGUCUUCUUUCCACGCGCAACCCGCCACUCUCCCGCAACGAGGCAAUCUCUCGUCUCGACGCCGUCCAGUUGCUCCCUGUAUUCGACUUUACGGCGGCCGUGCAGGCGAUCAACGAAGUCUCGCGCGCUCUUGAUAGAUUCUACGAAGAGCAGCGGCGCCAAACGCCCCGCGACGCGGUGCCCGCGGAGCCGUGUCCCGUGCUCCUCCUUAUUGCAGGACUCGACAGUCUGACGGAGGGCGUUGUCCGCGCGUCGAACACGGUCCGCGGCGCUGCGGUCCUGACCACUGUCUUGCGCAGUCUGACGCAGUUGGUCCGAUUGCAUCGGUCUUGUUUGUCUGUCAUGCUGGUGAAUACCGCCGGCGUUGGGACGGUGGCUCCCGCGAGUCCUGUUCGGCCUGCGCAGCGGGCUCGCGCGGACUCUGAUCGUCCUCCUUCCCAUGAAGAUGGCCUAUACUCUGUGUUCCGUGCGACGGAUGCGCCUUUGUUCCCGAGUCUUUUGAUGAGGCUCAUGGAUCAGGGUAUCGAUUCCCAUCUGCUGAUAUCUACGGUGAAAGGGACCCGCGUAAUCGAGGUUAUCAAGGACAGAGUGGGCGAUAAUGUUGGCAAAUGGUCUGUCUGGACUUCAUGA